AUCCGCACGGGGUGCAGCAGCGAGCCCAGGCCUGUUGUGGCUGUGAGAUCCAGCCCCUUGGCCUCCGUGUUCCGCUCUCCCUCGACAUGCUAGCGUCUGUCCCCAAAGCUUGCAAUGGGUCAUUCUUGGCUGAUCCUCUUCUUGGCCCUGGGCACCUCUGUUCUUGGUCACGACGGAGGCCAGGAGCUGGUGACGGAGGCUCCAACUGGCCAGCAGCAGGCACUUUGCCCUCCAGAUGAUGACCUGGCGUUGUGGCAGGAGGAGAAGCUGCCGGUGCCCAGAUUUAGCAAUUGCAUGCUGCAGUGCACCUUCCACGCUUACAAAGCCUACGAGGCGGCGCUGGCAAUGGGCAGCUUCCAGAGCAUGAUGUCGCUGAAACUCAAUGAAGGCAGGGAAGGGGCAGAGCGUGAAUUCUGCUGGAUGCUUCACCUCCGUUGCCAGAGGGGGGACCGUCUCACCAAAGCUUUCGUCCUGCUGAACUUGGAGCAGCCUCCGGAUCGGAGCAGGCCAUUCCCUUUCCGCCUCCUCCUGACUGCUCCUUCUUUGCCCCCUCACCGCUUGCAACCCCGUUCCAGGAGACGGGACACCAGGCUGUUGAGCGGGGAAGCCUGCGGCAUCCGUUUCGAUGUGACGGAGCCCUUCCGCAGCGCCGAAGGGGGCCGGGACGCGGAAAUGUGCAUCAAAGUCGUGUGUCCUCUGGAGAAAGGCAUCUGCAAGGGCCCGCCGUUCAGUCUGCGCUGCCCACCCUUCCUGGCCACUCUGUGGCGCAGUCUGCCCCGCCCUGACUGCUAAGCAGGUGGAGGGUUGCUUCUGCAAUGUAAUAUGGGGGAAGAGAAGGGGUGUACAGAUCCACUUGUGCACAUACACUCCAGUUCAGCUGUUGAGGCAAUCUUAGGACCGGUUUCACUGCAGAGUUCAUUUUUAUCUGACAGUGUUUAGAUGGCCUCAAGAAAGCCAGUCUGGUAUAGUGGUGAAGGCAUCAGGCUAGAAACUGGGAGGCUGGGAGUUCUAGUCCCACUUUAGGCAUGAAGGUGACCUUGGACCAGUCACUUUCUCUCGGCCCUAGGAAGCAGGCAAUGGCAAACCACUUCUGAAAAACCUUGCCAAGCAAACUGCAGGGACUUGUCCAGGCAGCCUCCAAGAAUCGGACACAAUUGAACGGAUCAAAAAAUUGUCUCAAGCAGUACACAUAUGUGUGUACGUGCGCAGGCCACAACUGCACGCAUUGGUUCAUGCAUCAAUGCAAUAGCAUACAGUAACGACGGGAAGCUAGUUUUCACUCUGAGAAUGAACCACCGCAAAGCUCAGUGCUUAACAUGCCUCCUUCCCUUUCUACAUUAGGUAUCUAAUCAGAUCUUUCCUGCAAAUACAGAAAUGGGGUUGCCCUGGCUUAUUCCAUUACGCCAGCCUUUCUUAACCUUUUGACCCUGGAGGAAGCCUGGAAAUAUUUUUCAGGCC